CUUUUCACUGCUUUCUUGUAUAAACUUUUCCGCCUCCCUCUGGCCGCCUCACCUUCCCUCGAGCUGGAGGCCGCUGCUGCCCGUCAUGACGGAGACCAAUGGCGUCUUCACGCCCAACAUGCGCGCUGUGCCUAUAGGCGACUUCGUAACGCCGAGCAAGAAGACUAACGGAGUCGGUAUCCAGGCUGAAGACACGCGGAUAUGCGUUGUAAUGGUGGGCUUGCCCGCGCGGGGCAAGAGCUUGAUUGCACAGAAAGUCGUUCGCUACCUCCACUGGCUGUCUAUAAAAGCGAAGACAUUCAAUGUCGGCCAGUACCGACGUACCGCGACCCCGAACCCGUCCGCCGAGUUCUUCGAUACCUCCAACCCGGAAGGAGAACGCCUCCGCAGAGCCGCCGCGGAAGCAGCCGUGCACGACAUGUGCAGGUGGUUUGCGGAGGGACGCGGAUUAAUUGCGAUACUAGAUGCGACGAAUUCAACAAAGACCCGCCGCAGGUGGAUACAAGAGCGAUGUGCAAAGGAGAACAUUGAAACUCUGUUCGUGGAGUCCAAGUGCGACGAUGAGGACCUGAUCAUGAGCAACAUCCUGGAAGUCAAGACAACGUCACCGGACUACGUAGGGCAGGACCCAGAGUUGGCCGCAGCCGACUUCCGGAAUCGUAUUCGGAACUAUGAGAAGGUGUACCAGACUAUCGACGAGGAUGAACGCGAUCUCACAUAUGUGAAGUUAAUCAACGUGGGCAAGCAAGUCAUCAUCAAUCAGAUCCAGGAUUACCUGCAGAGUCGAGUAGUGUACUACUUGAUGAAUCUCCACAUCAAGCCGCGCUCCAUCUGGUUAUCCCGGCAUGGCGAAUCGCAAUACAAUCUCUCGGGCAAGAUUGGCGGAGACGCAGACCUUUCUGAGCGCGGCGAAGCCUAUGCUCAUGCGCUACCCGGUCUCGUCGCGAAAUCCGUCGGUGACGGCCGCAGGCUCACCGUCUGGACGUCCACCCUAAAACGAACGAUACAGACCGCGCGCUUCCUCCCUUUCGAGAAGCUCGAGUGGAAAGCUCUGGACGAACUCGACUCCGGUGUCUGCGAUGGCCUCACGUACGCCGAAAUUGAACAACAGUACCCCGAAGACUUUGCGCAACGCGACGAAGACAAAUACAACUACCGCUACCUUGGCGGGGAAUCAUACCGCGAUGUGGUUAUCCGGCUGGAACCUAUCAUAAUGGAGCUGGAGCGCAGUGAGAACAUUCUGAUCGUUACGCAUCAAGCGAUCCUGAGGUGCAUCUACGCAUACUUCAUGAACGUGCCGCAAGAACAGAGUCCCUGGAUGGAGGUGCCACUUCAUACGCUAAUCAAAUUGACGCCGAAAGCGUAUUCGACGCAGGAGGAGAGGCUAAAGGCCGAUAUUCCUGCUGUCAGCACCUGGCGGGGUAAAGGCAGCAAAGCACAACAUCAGGAAGUCGAUGGCUGCGCGGGUGGUGGUAGCAUAUGAUGUCAUGGCGCAGUCUCGGGACGUCAGCGAACCUCGGUCGAUUUGGCGAGUGGGGAUGGAGCGGCCCGCCGCGGAGAGCGGAGCGGAAGAAAGGGAAGCUUAGUCAGGCGGAACUUGGCUCGGCGGGUUAGACGACCGCGAAAGGAAAUAAAAGGAGAGCGUUGAGGUCAGAGUUUGAGGACCUGAUGGGCUUCGUUUUUAUGUCUUGACCAUUUCUACUGUGGGCUUGGCUAGGAUGCUUAUCACUUUGGCGGCGUUAAAACAUAGACUGGUAUGGCUUCCAUUAUCAGUUUUACUGUUUCCAUAUCUCUCUUCCCUUUUGAGAACGCUUUAUCAUGACG